GCCCAGCCCAUUCUUUGCAUCUUUACUUGUGUUGUGUUGUGUCCCUCGUUGGCCGUAGCAGGCUAGCAGAAGCAGAUCGAUGGCGCUCUCUGGUCGCAUGGCCGCAUCCGCCCUCCUCCUGCUCCUCCUCCUCCUCGCCACAGAGAUGGGGACGCCGACGAGGAAGGUGGCGGAGGCGCGGGACUGCCUGUCCAAGAGCCACAAGUUCAAGGGCGCGUGCCUCAGCAGCAGCAACUGCGCCAGCAUCUGCCGCACCGAGAACUUCCCCGGCGGCGAGUGCAAGCUCGACUCCUUCGCGCGCAAGUGCUUCUGCAAGAGGGUCUGCUAGCUAGCCCUGCUCGCCCCCGGCCUGGCCGGCGCCGCGACGUCCGAUGCUAGCUACUCCACAUGUUGCUGGCAUCGUGUGUCCCGUAAUUUGUUCGUCAGUGUAUGAGUUCAUUCAGUACUUGUUCUUGUGUGUCCCGUGAUAAUAAAGUAGAGAAUCAAUCGGGGUCUCGAUGGUCUAGUUGGCCGUAAGUCGUGUUUUUCUUUUGCUGCUUUCUGUGUGUGUGUGUGGGGUAAUGUAACAAGGUCGCUGUUUCAGCAUGGACGGACAUGUGCAAUGCAUCUCUCUCUAUCUCUGAUU